AUGGUUGUUAAGCUUGUUAAAGACACGAAUUAUAAUAAUUUCAACGCUCUCCUGUGGUUUAGUCGAAUCAUGUCACUUGGUAUUGGACUGCUGCUCGGUGGAUACUUUGCUUUUCACGUAUGGCUACUGCGAGAAGGCAAGACGACACUCGAGUUUCUCGCUGGCAAGAGAGGAGAGUUAGCUAAUCAUACUUUUCUAUACAAUGUGACUGUGUAUUUUGGCAACAACGUCAAGAGCUGGUGGGUACCCACAACGCCGCAACUUCCAGAUGCACUGAGUAAUAAAGAGGUUGAAGACGAUGACAAAGAUACUGUGCGGUUUGUAGUGAUAUAA